GAGCAACGAGCAGCACGUCUUGGAAGAAGAGUUGCAGGAUACAGAAUACCGCUAACUUCUAAGAUCAACCCACCAAGACACCAAGAGCAAGGGACUUUCGUUACCCAAUCGUUCGGGAACCUCUUCCCGUUUCCCAUCAACGAUGUAAAGGAGUUGGUGGUGGUGGAUAUUGUUUUAACUCCUGUAAUCCUUCAAACUGGACCGCUAACGUUAGUCAAUGAUCGGUUAGUUUGUGUUAUUUGGCCGACGAGUGCCGCGCUACGAUGUUACGAGUUCAACGGUAUAAAGGAAGAAAAGAUAUGAAAACUCGGAUGUAUUGAUAUAUAUCUGAAUGGAACAUAUUACUGUUAUUUGAAGUACAUCGCUUUGGAUACCAAUACGUGUGUGGAGUACAUUUUCACGGCGGAAAUAACCGCAUCUAGUUAUCCGGCCAAAAAAAAUGUCGUUUUUCAAUUUUCGGAAGAUCUUUAAAUUGGGGCCGGACAAAAAGAAGAAGCAGUAUGAACAUGUGCACAGAGACGAGGACCCGGAGGAGAUCUGGGAGAUCAUCGGGGAACUGGGAGAUGGGGCGUUUGGGAAAGUGUUCAAGGCCCAGAACAAGCUGAACGGGACCCUGGCAGCAGCCAAGGUGAUCGACACCAAAUCAGAAGAGGAGUUGGAAGAUUACAUGGUGGAGAUCGACAUCCUGGCCUCCUGCGACCACCACUACAUCGUUAAACUGCUGGACGCCUUCUUCUUUGAAGGGAAGCUAUGGAUUCUGAUCGAGUUCUGUGCGGGCGGUGCAGUGGAUGCCAUUAUGCUCGAGCUGGAGAGGCCCCUGACGGAGCCCCAGAUCCGGGUGGUGUGCCGGCAGACACUGGAGGCCCUGGCUUACCUCCACGACAACAAGGUCAUCCACCGGGACCUGAAGGCCGGCAACAUCCUCCUCUCCGCAUCCGGCGAUGUGAAACUGGCUGACUUCGGAGUUUCGGCUAAAAAUACCAAGACGUUGCAGAGGAGAGAUACAUUCAUCGGGACGCCCUAUUGGAUGGCCCCCGAGGUGGUGAUGUGCGAGACCUCCAAGGACCGGCCCUACGACUUCAAGGCCGACAUCUGGUCCCUGGGGGUGACGCUGAUAGAGCUGGCGCAGAUCGAGCCCCCCAACCACGAGAUGAACCCCAUGAGGGUCCUGCUGAAGAUAGCCAAGUCGGAGCCCCCGACCCUCAUGCAGCCCUCUCGAUGGUCUCCAGAGUUCCGUGACUUUCUGAGGAAGGCGUUGGAUAAGAAUGUUGACCAAAGGUGGGGCACAGCCCAGCUGCUGCAGCACCCUUUCGUGUCCAGCGUAGCGGAAAACCGGCCUUUAAGAGAGCUCGUUGCCGAGGCCAAAGCUGAAGUCUACGAGGAGAUUGAGGAGGCGAAAGAAGAGGAGGAUGAAGAGGAGGCAGAGGUCCCUCCACAGGACGCUGGGCACAAGCGGCUGCCGUCGGACGUCAGCGCCGCCAGCUCGGAGGACGAGAAGGUUCCUCCGCCGGCCGCCUCCGUACUGGAGCCUGUGGCCGAGCGGGCCGAGGCCCCGCCCUCCGCCGUCGCCGCGGACGACGACGACGGCGGCAGCGGGAAGCUCUCCGACGAGGGGCUGGGCACCAGCAAGUUCGACAAGGACGAGGAGGAGGAGAAAAAAAAACCCGAGGCGUCGGACGCGAGCCGGGGAGACGACCCCGUCGAGAAGGUCCCGGUCUCAACGGAGCUCCCGGAGGCCGGGUCAGACCAGGGCGCUGUGACCCUACCCCAAGAGUCGUCGGACACAACAACAUCAACAACAGAAGACGAAGGACAGGAACCGGUGACUGUGAGCCAAGAAACCGGGGAGGAAGAGAGGGAGCCACAAGAGAAGGAGGCCGAGGGGCAGCCGCCUCCAGAACCAAUCAGCGAAGCGACCAGCGAGGUAAAAGAACAAGACGGAGUACCAAAUGCUGGCCCUCUGCCUGCAGUAACCACAGAGUCUGCAGGGAAACCAGAACAACCAGCCCUUGUGUUAGAGGAAGAGAACAAAAGCCCUGCAGAGGAAGUGCUGCGACAGGAAGCAGAAGAGGAGAGAAAACCGCACCGAGCCGACGAGGGCGACAAACAGGAAAACGAAGAACCAAACCGAGAGUCGAGCGUUAUCGGCGAGGACGGAAACGGCGCCGCCGCCGAAGCGAAGCUCAGCACGGACGAGGUUGUGUCUGUUGAGGCAGCAGAGGAGACUCAGACCAAAGAGGAGAACGCACCGGAAGCAGAAGAGUCUAAAAGCCAAAUCAAUGAAGAAGCCAAAUCCACCCCGAACGGCCCCGAGCCUUCAUACGCCUCGAUGCCGGUACCGGCCGUCCUGGGCGGGGAAGGGACGGCGGCGUCUACCAACGAAGAAGAAAGAGGAGGAGAAGGCGUCGUCUCGGUACCGGACAGCGAGGCCGAGUCGGACAGCAAGCGGUCGGAGCAGGGCAGCCCGUCGAUCCGGACGGACGCGGGGAAGGACUCUGACUCUGGGAGCAGCUCGGCGGCGGACAGCAGCAGCAUGGACAUCAACCUGUCCAUCUCCAGCUUCCUGUCCAAGAGCAAAGAGGGAGGCUCCAUCUCUAUACAGGACUCGAAGCGGCAGAACAAGACGAUGAAGAAGACGCGUAGGUUCAUGGUGGACGGCGUGGAGGUGAGCGUGACCACGUCCAAGAUCGUCACGGACAACGACGCCAAGAGCGAGGAGAUGAGGUUCCUCAGGCGCCAGGAGCUGCGGGAGCUGCGGCUGCUGCAGAAGGAGGAGAAGCGGGCCCAGCUGCAGCUCACCAACAAGCUGCAGCAGCAGAGGGAGCAGAUCCACCGCCGCUUCGAGCAGGAGACCACCGGUAAGAAGCGGCAGUACGACCAGGAGCUGGAGAACCUGGAGAGGAAGCAGAAGCAGACGAUCGAGCGGCUGGAGCAGGACCACACCAACCGGCUCCGGGACGAGGCCCGGCGCAUCAAGGCCGACCAGGACAAGGAGCUGUCCAAGUUCCAGAACAUGAUGAAGAACCGCAAGAAGGAGGUGAAGCAGGAAGUGGGCCAGUCGCCCAAACACUUGAGAAAAGAGCUUAUGAGACGCUUAAAGGAGGACCUGUCGCUGGUUAAAAGCGCAGAGGAGCAGGAGUUCCUCCAGAAGCAGCAGCAGGAGUUGGACGGAGCGCUGAAGAAGAUCAUCCAGCAGCACAAGAUGGAGAUCGCCACCAUCGAGCGAGACUGCCUCAACCACAAGCAGCAGCUCAUGAGAGCUCGGGAGGCGGCCAUGUGGGAGCUGGAAGAGCGGCAACUCCAGGAGAAACACCAGCAGCUCAAGCAGCAGCUGAAGGACCAGUACUUCAUGCAGAGACACCAGCUGCUGAGGCGACACGAGAAGGAGAUGGAGCAGAUGCUUCGCUACAACCAGCGGCUGAUCGAGGAGAUGAAGAACCGGCAGACGCAGGAGCGCGGCCGCAUGCCCAAGAUCCAGCGCAGCGAGGCCAAGACGCGCAUGGCCAUGUUCAAGAAGAGCCUGCGCAUCACGGCCAGCGCCGGGCCCCCGGAGCAGGAGCGAGAGCGCAUCAAACAGUUUGCGGCUCAGGAGGAGAAGAGGCAGAAGAGCGAGAAGAUGAACCAGCACCAGAAACACGAGAACCAGAUGAGGGACCUCCAGUUGCAGUGUGACUGCAACAUCAGGGAGCUGCAGCAGCUACAGAACGAGAAGUGUCACCUGCUGAUCGAGCACGAGACCCAGAAGCUGAAGGAGCUGGACGAGGAGCACGUCCAGGAGAUCAGGGAGUGGCGGGAGAGGCUGAGGCCCAGGAAGAAGGCACUGGAAGAGGAGUUCACCCGCAAGCUGCAAGAGCAGGAGGUGUUCUUCAGGAUGAGCGGAGAGUCUGAAUGCCUUAACCCCACCACCCAGAGCCGGGUUUCCAAGUUCUACCCCAUCCCCAACAUGCAUAACUCUGGCUCAUAGUCCACGAGACAAACGGCAUGUCUAGCUACUCAACCACUGUGGCUGUGCUCACAGGCUCCUUCUAGUGGCGCCGGACCCCAUUUUAUUAUUUUCUGACCGUUACUGAUGAAAUGGCAUGUGAUUACUACACUGCACUCUUUCAUUUUUUUCCUCCACCAUUUGCAAUUGUGACAUGCCUGACCACACAGACUUUCACACACAUACACACGUAUAAACACACACACACACAUUACAACACACACGUGCACAUAUACAAUCACACGCACACACACAUUGUGCCACUGGUUUCCUGGCAUUGGGAAAUGUUGUACAAAGGACAAUCCUUGCUUUCUGAUAGCUUGAUGGCAGAAGGCAAAUCGCAUUGUUCUAAUGAUUUGUAAGCACAGCCUCUUAUUGUAUUGAUAAUCUUCAGUGCCUGAUAAGUUACAACUAUUAUUUAGGUUUUGUUUAGGCUCUUCCAAGGUUACAUGCUGAAUGUCUGGCAGGUCUUGCAGUGCCUACCGUGUAUGUAAACGUUGAUAUACAACAAACAUCUCCAUAUGUAGGGAUAAUGUAUCAUGCCUUAUUCCAACCGUAUGUGGCCUGGGAAAGGGAAGCUUGGGCACCCACGACCCAACCCCCGGAUAAGCGGUUUGAAGAUGAGGAUGAGGCCUUAUUCCAACCGUAUGUUUCUUUCAAUCUGGGAAUCCACUGUUCUGGUGUUGGGGGGGGGGG